UGAAGGAAAGAAACUUUGCUGUUGCUACUGUUCGGUUUUAACAGUCUUGAUUAAAGUAGCUGAUGAAUGGACCUCACGGCUUGGGGGUUAUAGGGAGGAUAGCUGCUGAUAUAAAGGACCUUCACGCGAAGAAGGAAGACCUCAUUUGCUGCGGCUGUUCGGUUUCAACGGAGGAUAGGUGACAUCAAGGACGUUUGGAAGAGGCGUUUGGAUCGUUGCAGGUUAAGGAGGAUCGACACUUUGCUGCAUGUUGAACUUAGUUGGGAGAUGAGAAGAGAAAGGUGGCUGGAUUUUUCCUUUGCGUACAAAGGAGAAGAGGCAAAGAGUAAGAGAUUGUGAUUAGGUUGAGGAGUUCAGAACAACAGGGAAGAGUUCGAAGCAGAACUGGACAUGAACAUGGAAAAAGAAAAAUAGCCUCUAGAGCGAAGCUUGCGGGUUGGUUAUAUAAAGAAAAGCCAGAGGCUUCUGUCUCAUUUCAGCGAAGAAGCAAGACGUUAAUGCUAUCUGCGCUCUCAGAAAUGGAUUGACGCAAUUUUGACAUUUAAUUUGAGUCUUUCUUUGUAUGGUAUCCGGAUUUCUUGGUAAUAAGUAAACUGCCAUAUAAAUGAUAUGCCGCGUGAUAAUCCCAAACAUCAGAAAUGCUUUUUGAUAUUGGAAUCGACGCAUCAGGAGUGCGGCUAGGGUUUUUCUUCCUUCCCCGCCAUCUUCUGAGCAUACGAUCUUGGCUUGGCCGGAGGACACUUCCUUACUUGUUACUAUGGGUGAGGGUUUUAAUCCUUCGGAUUUCCCUCCUCUUGUUCAGGCUCCCGUGGUAUUUCCUUCUUCAACUCCCAGAAACUGGAACAAAGUGUUCGGUCCAGAACCCUCUGCUCCCAAAGUUCUUUGUCUUUCUUACUUCCCGCAGGAACCAGAAAUAGUUCCUUUUUCUGAUGAGAAGCUGACUAAAGGUGGAGAAGAUUGGAACUUAUGUCUUGUUGGUUACUCUAUUGGUAGACGUCCGUUCUAUGAAGCGUUACUCGGAGACAUAAAGAAAACAUGGAGUCUUAAAGGCUCUGUCCAGCUCUUAUCGUUAAGCGAUGGUUUCUUUCGCCUUUGUUUUUCGUGUUCGGAAGAUUACGAGAUGGUCUGGUCUUGGGGAGUUUGGUUUUUGCUGGGAAGGCCUUUUGUUCUCCAAAAGUGGCACCCAAAGUUCAAGCCGCAGCGGGAGAACUUCACGUCCGUCCCGAUAUGGGUAAAAAUCCACGAUUUACCCCUUGCAUGUUGGAAUUCAGAGGGGAUCUCUAGAAUUGCUAGCAAGAUUGGAAUCCCUCUUGCUGCGGACAACCUUACGGAGCAGAAAACGCGACUCACCUUCGCGAGGGUGUGUGUUCUUUUGGACAACAACGCUGUCUACCCGGAAGAAAUUAAAGUAUCGCUGGACGGUGACAUCGUAAGCUUGAAGGUGCAGUAUGAAUGGCGUCCUUUCCCUUGUGACCACUGGCUGAGGCAAGGAUAUCCUUUAAGUCCAUAUCUAUUUUGUCUUGCCAUGACGCCCUCUCUAACCUUCUGGAUGGGAGAGAUUUUAAAGCCUUGGGUUGUACUGCAAUACCAUCCCAUAGAUAGUCCCUUAUCAAAUAAAAUUAAGCAAAAGAUGGCUGUGGAAGUGGUUAAGAAUGCACAAUUUAUGACACGGUCUGAUUACCUCCAUUCCUUACCUUCGAGGAAAUUGGCUGAUGAAACUGUUACCAGGGCCUCUUCAAUGCGGAUGCAAAAGUUAGGGAAGAAAUUUUCAAUGAUGAUAGAUUCUCAGGCAUCAGAUUCUGUGGAGACUAAAACUGAACACAAUGCAGAUUCGUCAUCCAAGAGAGAUGGAGAUGUGAUUCAAAGCCUUGCUGAACAAUCCAUACCAAUUGAAACUCAUAAGCAUAUUCGACGGGGUGUAUUGGAAAUUUUUAAUUAUAAAACGGUUCUCAGCUUUCAAUCAAUUGUUAGUGGAUUACAGGGAAUUGCGUGCUGGUCACCCCUUAAAAAUGAUGUCAAAACUAGAUUACUAGUUAAUGCUGCAGCACUUGCUGUUUCUGCCCCUGAGAAAGACCUCCGUUCAGUCAUAGAGCAGGUUGCUGUGCGUGUACAUGGUGUAUAUGUUUUAAAGACUGCUGGGGAUCCAGCACUUGAUCCCUUAAGAAAUGUAGUUAUUAGCCUUUACCAAGCAAGAGAACCUAAUGCAAAGCUAAGGAAGAAGAAAGUAAAACAAGCUGCUCAAUCAUGUCUCAAUAUAGAUAUAUCUGACAAUGAGUAUUAUCAGGUUAUGCGUGAGCUAUGCAUACCGAAAAAAUUCUCGUGGGAACUAAAAAGUGGAGAAUGAAAGCCUGAAUUGAUUCUGUAUAGUUGCAAACUGAUAUUAAGUGAUUGUAUAUACUUGAUCAAUAACCCAGUACAGGGGCAUGUACAGAAUCUCCGUCCAGUUAGUAUCAUUGCUCUGAUGUAGCAUUCGAAGAUUUAGCUUUUACGACAUUAGAAUUUUUGUUUCCAUAUUAAAGUUUUUGAUAGUCGAUUAUUGGGCAAGCACAAUACACAAAGGUUAUUUCGAAUUCAUUGCUGAUGGAUCAUCCAGCUCAUAACAAAAACACAUCAUGAUGUAAUUGCUUUGAACCUUGAGCUCGUUUUUUUGCAAUUUUCAUAACACGAAUUUUGUCUAAUAGACCA